UUUACUCUGGGCAGGGUCGACUCUCGGAGGCAUUAACGCAGAAUGGAUGCGAAACUGCUGGCACUCGUGGCUGCGCUCACGAUGGUGACAUAUGCGCCUCCAUCACAAGCAAAGCCCAUCAGUCUGGUGGAGAGAUGCUACUGCCGCUCAACAGUCAACAGCCUCUCACGGGGCUACAUCCGAGAGCUCAGGUUCAUCCACACACCUAACUGCCCCUUCCAAGUAAUUGCAAAGCUGAAGUCAAACAAGGAGUUGUGUUUGAACCCAGAUAUCUGGUGGCUGCAGCAGUACCUGAAGAAUGCCAUCAACAAGAUGAAGAAAUCCAAGCAGGGCAACUAAAGAGCCUGCAAAGAUCCUCCUGAGCCAUCACUGACGAUUAGGACCAUCAAUGUUACAGAUAUGCAAAGUGUGAUGAGAUCAUCUGGUAUGUUGUACAGCACUUAUGCUGGCUGCCACGCUGUGGCAGCCUUUUGCAUGGAAUCAACCUACAACUCUUCACCAUGAACACCAGCCCACCAGCCCUGCCACUGUCUUCCCUAUAACCACUCUCACCACUUAUAGAGGUAAUAGAUGUUAUUAGUGUAAACUUCAAUUAUAUCUGUAAGUGUGUUUUUUCCUAACUAAAAUGUAUAUACUUUUUUUGUCAAUGGACUUCAACAUGAUAGAGGUAAUUUUGGAGAUCUUCUCGCCCCUCUUCUGUCAUUUAGGAAAAAGGACCAACCUCAGGGUCUAAGUUUAAAGGGGAGGGUUUUCUCCACAACAAACAUGAGUCAACAUCCUACUUGCAAGUAGCAGAGUCCUAUGGUCUGCUGAGCCAGUAGAAAAUUGAUUUAUAACCAAUCCUAAACAUUGGAUCUGGUUAUCUUGAUUGUGUCUGAUUUUAAAUUGUACAAACUAAUGAAACUAAUGAAAAACAGUGUAUAGUUUCUCUUCUAAAAACCGAGGAAUGGGCAGAGCCAUAGAGUUUGCCAAGUUGUAUUUCAUGUUUCAAGUUAAUUCGCAGAGUGGAAUUUCAGCGGGUGCCAGCUACCCCCAGACUGAAUAUAAGAUGUAUACAAGAUCCUAGUAAUAGUGGCAAUUACAAUGUUUUUGUGACAGAAAUUAGGAUGCCAAAAGAGCUUGAGCAUUUCCGGCGCCCUUCUGUGGCUGUGAUUAUGCAAUCCGGUGUUACCCAACAUGUCUAGAGAGAAGCUAAACAUCUGGAAUCCCAGACACUUUUAACUGAGCAACCAACAGGUUGAAAUUUUACCGGAGUCAUAAAGUUGUAUUAGUCGUAAAAGAAAGAUUAACUCAUGCUAGCUGGAUUCUGAUUGAAGUAACCUCUUAGUAUGAAUGUCCAUUUCAAAGAAGAGUGUAGAGCAAUUUGUUACUGUUAACAUGUCAGUAGUUAAAACAGUAUGUUAUACUGAGCGCCACAGUUGAGCAAGUAGUACCAUUACUGACAAUAAAUAGUUGUACAUAGAUGUGACUACCUACAACCGUCAUGCAGAUAGCAAUGCACUUUAUAUCUGAUGUAUUCAUGUUUUAAUUACAAAAUUUACUAUUACUCACUAAGUCUGAUCAUUAAAUUCUGUCUUUUGCCUUUAUUUUUUAUGUUUAUCUUGCUGUUUCCAUUCUGUUCUUUUUUUAUCAAUGAGUGUGUAGCUGCAUUUAACUGUUAAAGAUUUAUUCAUCUACUCAUUCAAAUCUUCUUGUCAUAUGUAAAAUUUAUAUAUACAAAUGUUUUAUUUUUGUACUCUUUUAUGCAUUUAUAUAUUCAAUGCAAACAUUUAAAUGAAGGAACUGUACUCUCACAAUUGAGCCGUCCACCCAACAUUGUUAUUGUAAAACUUGUAUGUAGUUGGUCAGUAAAAAAAGGAAAUCUUUAAAAUGUUAUGAUUACUUUGCUAUAUGUUACGAGUCUCUCCAUCAUAAAUAUACACACUUAUACCCACUGAUGCACACAGUUCAGUUCAGUGACUCAGUGUAAAGCAGGCUUUUCUAGGUCCAACACACAGCUGGUGUAAUCGCACUGUACUUGGGGUCAGAGGGUAAAUUUGAUGCUUUGAUGUGAGAACAUGUGUUUAGCUUUACUCACAGGGGCAAAUGAAAGGCAAGGACAAUGAUCCUGCCUGUUAUUUAACUAUUAACUCAACAAGCGCCCAUUAGGAAAACAUUACAGCUAAAAGGGAUGAACUUUUAACUUCCCUCCAAGGGCAUUAUGUGAGGCGGAGCACAGUAGUAUAUGUGAGGAGAGUGGCCCGCUGAUUGAAACGGCAGGGAGAGAUAAGGGGUUGUGAGUUGUGAGCAGUCCUCAGCCCAUUUUGCUGUGCUUACUGAUCAGCUUUGAAGUCCAGUUUAAGCGUGAUAAAAGCGGAGUCAGCAGCACUCUUGUGGAAGAUGAAGCCAUUGAUUUAGCUCUGGUUUCCCAGUUUGGAAUAGAAAUUAAUCCCAUGUAGUCACUGUAUGACCUGAUUGUGUUUAACUGUUUUAAAUGUGGAUAUCACUGCAGGACUCUGCAGGUAGCAACAAGUAUUUUCCUCUCCCGUAAUGUGAAGAUUGAGUAGCUUUUCUUAUGUGACAUUUCAUCACUCAUACAGAAGAAAGAUCUUCAUAUCUACCAUUGUUAAGUAUCUGUACUACAUUUUGUUCACUGAAAAUAUUUCAAUUAAACUUUAUACCACAAAUAGCUCACAUCAUUUGCCUUUUAUCAUCGAUAUGUUACUACGUGCUAAAUUAUCACUGACUGAUCUGUGGGGGUUGCAAAGGAACAUAUACAAAUAUUAUAUAUUCUCUAAUGAAAAGCAGUUCAUUACAUAUUGUGUUCUUGGGAUCACUGCCAACACCCACCAGUUAAACUAUGCAGUUGGUGUGACUGGACCUAUGAAGCCUGAGGUGUAAUAAAAGUAAUUGUAAAAAGUUUAACUUGAUAUUUUAUGUGCAAAUUACAUUUACCUGCAAUUGGAAAACUAAAAAAAAAAAUGCAAGAAAUGUCUGAAAAGCUAGUAAAGCCAUAUCAUUCAUAUACAAUGUGUUGUGUCUGUGAAACAAAACAGCUAAUGUAAAAAAUAUAAAGAGGUUUCUAUAACAAAGUCUCCAUUAUAUGGAGGCUAUGGAAAGUAAACGAGACGUGUUAAAACACUAAUGCAUCUGCAAAUCUAGUUAACUGAAGUGGAACAGAACAACGUGAUUAAAUUAAUUAUUGGCAGCUUUACACAACUGAUCUUCCACUGUGUCACGUUGGUACUUGAGGCUAGCUGGGCACCAUGACUAAAUAAACACAGGUCAGAUAUGUUCAUCCCAGCGUGUUUCACAUAUUCAUCACCAAACCAGAGACAAGUACAUGAAUCUAAAAGCUGUGACUCACUGCCACUUUGGAGAUAAAGAAAACCCCUGAAAGACCAACUUUUUAAACCAAAAGCUCAGUUUAAAAGUUAAUUAAAAUCUGUGUUGCAAGGCUGGGUUUUAGAAUAUUGUGAAAUAUUCUGAAAAUAUUCUGAAAAAUAACGAAACCAGAAGGCUACUCAGCACCUUGGUAUGAGCCUUACAGCCAGAAUUGUACUGGUUUUUUUCGAAAGCUGACGAAUGUACAAGACAGGAGAAGACAUAUGAAAUUCAUAUUCAGCAUUUCCUUCAAAACUCUGUUGGGGUUCAGAGUUCAACCACAAUGUCAGACAGAAAACCUUGACAGGAAAAUGAUUUGUUAUGUAAAUCACACAGGAAUAAGGGACGGGUGGAGUGAAUGUGCCAUUUAACGUACAGUACAUGUUCCCUCCAUCUUUAAGUGUAAGGGUUCCCAGAUGUGCACCCAGUGAAAUUCCACUUUGUGGUUAUUCAUCAUGAAAAGCUUGAGCAUGAAAAUAUAAAAUUUUAGUGUGUGUGUGUGUACAUGUGUGCGUGAAAGGGUAACAGGUCAUAGAAAGCCAAUUCAAGAAGGUCCCAGUGAACACCACUCUCCCUGGUCAAACCCGUUUUUAAUAAAAACUACAAGGUGGUAAAGUUAAUCUAGGGUCAGUUUUAAUAUUUUUGUUCGUGUGUAUGUGUGUAUCAGUGAGUAUGUAUAUGUAUGCAUGUGUGAUAUCACUUCCAAACUCUACUCCAAGACCUUUU